ACACGUUUCUCGAAAGAAAAUCAAAAUUCGCAUAUCCUUCCAAUUUUUUUUUCUUUUCAUUUUUUACCCAUUCAUUUGAUAAUAUCCCCCUCUCUAUAAACUCUCUCUGUGAAACUGACCCCCUCCGCCACCACAACCCCGUCGUCAUCGUCGUCGUCGAGAUAAAUCUGAAACGACGCCGUCACCUAAAAUCGUAACCUAAUCUUCGGCUCAUCUUAUCCGCCGCCGCCAUCGCUGCUUCCCCACCACAAAGCCCGACCAUAACCGGGCCCGUAGAACCAAAACGAAAAAAACCAGUAUCCUUUUCCCGGCGGGUCAUUCGCCGGCGAGUGCACGUAGGAAAAGGUGCGCAAGAUUGUUAACCUGCGCACACGGCAGACCUCUAGUUCUGUCUCCCCGUAUUGACCUUGUUUCCUGGGGGCGCUCUUACAGCGUGAGUCUGGCUCUCUCUGUGCAGACAUUGCUAAUAUGAAUCCAUAGAAUUUCCAUGAGAACUGAUGGCUUUUUUUAGGAACUAUUCUAAAGACACUGUUUCACGAAGUGUCCUCGAAGAAAAGACCCAGGGAAAAAGUGUUGAAAGAAUUCACAGUUCUACAGGGAAUGAUGAUGUGGAUGUAAAAUCUUGUGAAAAGGAAUUUGAUAUCAACAUGGAUGUGCAGUAUCAAAGUGAAGGUGAACAUGAUGAUGCUAGUAGGUUGCACAAUGAGGUAGCAACAGAUGAGGGUAUGGGUACAAGAGUUUCCAAUUUGCCCUCUUCUGGGAGGAGGACAACUGUGGCUGGAAAGUGGGGUUCGACCUUUUGGAAGGACUGUCAGCCUAUGCACUCACAGGGCGGGUCUGAUUCUGGUCAGGAAACUAAAAGUGGGUCGGACCACAGAAAUGCUGUUGGAUCUGAAGAUAAUUCUUCAGAUGUCGGGGAAGAUAGAAUAGAUUUUGAAGAUGAUGGCAGGCCAAAGGUAAGCAAGGGACAACGGGGGCAUUCUGACAUCCCUGCAGAUGAAAUGUUAUCUGAUGAAUAUUAUGAGCAGGAUGGGGAAGAACAGAGUGAAUCGAUGCACUAUAGAGGGUUUCAUCAUUCCGUUGGGUCAAAUUCUAGGCCACAAUUAAAGCCUAAUUCAGUCAGUAACCAUGCACAUCAUAGAACUUCUAGAAAUGAUAUUGAAGAUUUUGAAGAUGGUGAUGAUGCCAACGAAGAUCUUGAUGCUGCUGAUGCUGAUUAUGAAGAAGACGAAGAUGAAGAUGAUCCUGAUGAUGCAGAUUUUGAACCUGACUAUGGUGUUGGGAGUGGUCGCACUGCACAGAAGGAUAAAAAUUGGAAUGGUGAAGAUUCUGAUGAAGACAAUGAUAGUGAUGAUGAGCUUGAUGUUUCAGAUGAAGAUGAUUCUUAUUAUGGAAAGAAACCUAAGAGUAGGCAUCAAGGUGAUGCUAAAUCGACAAGGGAACGCAAAUCAUAUCAUUCGUCUAGUCGCCAAAGAAGAGGGAAGUCAUCUUUUGAUGAUGAUGAGUCCUCAGCGGAGGACUCUGAGAGUGAUGGUGACGAGGAUUUUAAAGGUAUCAAAAGGAAAGGUGUACAUACCCGCAAAAGUAACGGCCGAAGAAAUGUUCUUGGACAAAAUGGUGAGGUGCGAACUUCUACGAGGUCUGUUAGGAAGGUCUCAUAUGUUGAAAGUGAUGGAAGCGAUGAAGUGGAAGAAGGAAAGAAAAAGAAGUCCCAGAAGGAGGAGAUUGAAGAAGAGGAUGGUGACUAUAUUGAAAAGGUGCUCUGGCAUCAGCCUAAAGGCAUGGCUGAAGAUGCUCUCAGGAACAAUAGAUCAACGGAUCCUAUCCUAUUAAGUCACUUGUUUGAUUCUGAGCCAGAUUGGAAUCAUAUGGAGUUCUUGAUUAAAUGGAAAGGGCAGUCCCAUUUGCACUGUCAGUGGAAAUCAAUUUCCGAGCUACAAAAUCUUAGCGGUUUUAAGAAGGUUUUAAAUUACACUAAAAAGGUGAUGGAAGAUGCCAGGUACAGGAACACAAUAUCACGUGAGGAGAUUGAGGUUCAUGAUGUGAGCAAGGAAAUGGACUUGGAUCUUAUCAAGCAGAAUAGUCAGGUGGAGAGAAUAAUUGCAGACCGCAUCAGGCAAGAUAGCUCUGGUGAUGUGGGUCCGGAGUAUCUAGUCAAGUGGCAAGGGUUGUCUUAUGCUGAAGCAACAUGGGAGAAGGAUGUAGAUAUUGGGUUUGCACAAGAUGCUAUCGAUGAGUUCAAGGCUCGUGAAGCUGCAAUGGCUGUACAAGGGAAAAUGGUGGAUCUCCAGCGCAAGAGGAGCAAAGGAAGUCUACGGAAGCUCGAGGAACAGCCGGAAUGGUUGAAGGGAGGAAAGCUUCGUGAUUAUCAGCUUGAGGGUUUGAAUUUUCUUGUUAAUAGUUGGAGGAAUGAUACCAAUGUCAUUUUAGCUGAUGAAAUGGGUCUUGGUAAAACUGUUCAAUCAGUUUCAAUGCUUGGUUUUUUACAGAAUGCUCAACAGAUCAAUGGGCCGUUUCUUGUUGUUGUACCAUUAUCCACUUUGUCUAACUGGGCCAAAGAAUUUAGGAAGUGGCUCCCUGAUAUGAAUAUUAUUGUGUAUGUUGGUACUCGUGCAAGCCGAGAGGUUUGUCAACAGUAUGAAUUUAAUAAUGAUAAAAUAGUAGGCCGGCCUAUAAAAUUUAACGCACUAUUGACGACAUAUGAGGUGGUUUUAAAGGAUAAGGCUGUUCUUUCCAAGAUCAAGUGGAAUUAUCUAAUGGUUGAUGAAGCUCAUAGAUUAAAGAACAGUGAGGCACAGUUGUACACAACCCUCUUGGAAUUUAGCACGAAGAACAAGUUGCUUAUAACUGGUACUCCCUUGCAGAACAGCGUAGAGGAGUUAUGGGCUCUGCUUCACUUCCUUGACCCUGAUAAGUUCAAGAAUAAAGAUGAUUUUGUUCAGAAUUACAAGAAUCUCAGUUCAUUCAAUGAGAUUGAGCUUGCUAAUCUGCAUAUGGAAUUGAGGCCUCACAUUCUUCGAAGAGUUAUCAAGGAUGUGGAAAAGUCUUUACCUCCUAAAAUUGAACGAAUUCUUAGGGUUGAAAUGUCUCCUCUUCAGAAACAGUACUAUAAAUGGAUUUUGGAACGCAACUUUCAUAACUUGAACAAAGGAGUUCGUGGGAAUCAGGUUUCGUUGUUGAAUAUUGUGGUAGAGUUGAAGAAAUGUUGUAAUCAUCCCUUUCUGUUUGAAAGUGCUGACCAUGGUUAUGGUGGGGACUCAAGUAUUAAAGAUGGCAGUAAAUUGGAGAGGAUUAUUUUAAGCAGUGGAAAAUUGGUUAUACUUGAUAAGCUUCUUAUGAAAUUGCAUGAAACAAAGCACCGUGUUCUCAUAUUUUCCCAGAUGGUAAGAAUGUUGGACAUACUGGCGGAGUAUAUGUCAAUUAGAGGUUUUCAAUUUCAGCGGCUUGAUGGGAGUACAAAGGCCGAUUUACGCCACCAAGCAAUGGAACAUUUUAAUGCGCCUGGUAGUGAAGAUUUUUGCUUCCUCCUUUCAACUCGAGCCGGUGGCCUUGGUAUCAACCUUGCCACAGCGGAUACAGUGAUAAUAUUCGACUCAGAUUGGAAUCCCCAAAAUGACCUUCAGGCAAUGAGCAGAGCGCACAGAAUAGGGCAACAAGAAGUUGUUAACAUCUAUAGAUUUGUCACAAGCAAAAGUGUCGAGGAAGAUAUUCUGGAGAGAGCUAAGAAAAAGAUGGUGCUUGACCAUUUGGUGAUUCAAAAAUUAAAUGCAGAGGGUAGGUUGGAGAAGAAAGAAUCUAAGAAAGGGACUUUAUUUGACAAAAAUGAGCUGUCUGCUAUUCUACGAUUUGGGGCUGAGGAACUUUUCAAGGAAGACAAAAAUGAUGAAGAGAGCAAGAAAGGACUCUUGAGUAUGGAUAUUGAUGAGAUUCUUGAAAGAGCAGAAAAGGUUGAAGAGAAGGAAACUGCAGAGGAAGGGAAUGAAUUGUUGAGUGCUUUUAAGGUUGCAAAUUUUGGUACUGGUGAAGAUGAUGGUAGUUUUUGGAGUCGUUGGAUAAAGCCAGAAGCAGUAUCCCAAGCUGAAGAAGCGCUUGCUCCUCGUGCUACAAGGAAUACUAAGAGCUAUGCAGAAGCCGAUCAGCCUGAUAGAAGUAAUAAAAGAAAAAAGAAAGAAUCUGAGCCUCAGGAAAGAGUCCAGAAAAGGCGGAAAUCAGAUUAUACAGUUACCUCUGCUCCAAUGAUUGGCGGAGCAUCUGCUCAAGUUAGGAGAUGGUCUUCUGGGAACUUAUCUAAAAGAGACGCAUUGCGAUUUUCUCGUGCUGUUAUGAAAUUUGGGAAUGAGAGCCAAAUUGCCUCGAUAGUUGGGGAGGUUGGUGGUGCCGUUGCAGCAGCUUCAACUGAAGCACAGGUUGAGCUUUUUAAUGCAUUGAUUGAUGGCUGCACAGAAGCAGUGGAAGUGGGGAGUCUGGACUCGAAGGGGCCCAUGCUGGAUUUUUUUGGUGUCCCUGUCAAAGCUGGUGAUCUGCUCAAUCGUGUUCGUGAACUUCAGCACCUGGCAAAACGCAUUAGUCGAUAUGACGAUCCUAUUGCUCAGUUUCGUGUCUUGAUGUACCUCAAACCUUCAAAUUGGUCGAAAGGUUGUGGUUGGAAUCAAAUUGAUGACGCAAGAUUGCUUAUUGGAAUAUACUACCAUGGCUUUGGAAAUUGGGAAAAGAUACGUUUAGAUGAAAGGCUUGGCCUUACAAAGAAAAUUGCUCCAGUGGAACUUCAACACCAUGAAACAUUUUUACCCCGUGCUCCAAAUUUAAGAGAUCGUGCUAACGCUCUUUUGGAAAUGGAAAUUGCAGCCCUUGGUGGAAAGAAUGCAAAUGCUAAAGUGGGUCGUAAGUCUUCAAAGGAUAGGGAAACUACUGUCAAUGUUUCUUUGGCUCGCAGUGGGCUAAAGAAAGGAAAAACUGGUUCUUCUAGAGUUAAUGUUCAAAUGAACAAGGAUAGACCACUGAAACCCCAGAAAGUUGAAGCUUUAGUGAAAGAGGAGGGUGAAAUGUCGGAUGAUGAUGAAGUGUAUGAGAAGUUCAAGGAGGAGAAAUGGAUGGAAUGGUGUGAAGAGAUGAUGAAGGAUGAAACUAAAACCUUGAAACGUCUUCAACGGUUGCAGACGACUAGUGCCAAUCUUCCAAAGGAAAAGGUGCUUUCCAAGAUUCGAAGUUAUUUACAACUUCUUGGACGAACGAUAGAUCAAAUUGUUUUAGAAAAUGAGGAGGAACCGUAUGGACAAGAUAGGAUGACCAUGCGCUUGUGGAAAUAUGUUUCUACCUUUUCAAAUCUGUCCGGGGAGAGACUUCAUCAAAUAUAUUCAAAACUUAAACAGCACCAGGAUGUGGAGGCUGGCCCUUCCCACAUGAACGACUCCGCUUCUGGUCCCUUCGGCAGAGACAGCGACCCUUCUCCCUUCUCCUUCCCUUCGGACAGGCAAAGAGGUCAUGAUACAGCCAAGUUUGAAGCAUGGAAACGGAGAAGGAGAGGGGAAGCUGAUAGUAAUUUCCAAGUUCAGGCCCCAUCUCAAAGAAAUAUGAAUAAUGGUACCCGGUUAACUGAUCCAAGCUCAUUAGGGAUUCUUGGUGCAAGACCAUCGGAAAAUAAACGCACUGUGAAUGAAAGGCCAUACAGGACGCGACAGGCAGGUUUACCAACAAAACAAGGUUUUACAUCACGUAUUAAGUAGUUCGGCAUACAAAUUGGUAGGAGGAAAGCGGAUGCUUAAGAUGUGAAGUCUACUGGCUCUUGCUUAGGCAUUUACAACUACAGCCCAUACAUAUAUUCUCUGGAUUUUUUUACGUCAACCAUGGGAAUAAAUUUUUGGAGAUCCUACUUGGGUUUCUGAGAUGAUCGGAACAAGUUAUCGACCAAAUGGGAUUUGCACCGUUGUACAAGGCGUGGCUGAGCCGCUGAGCUGACGACCCAAAGCAUUGUCUGUCUCUGCAAGGUUGGUGGAAUUUUGCAACAAUUGUUAUUUUCUCCUGAAGAUGAGCUCGGUUGGUACUGUGUUCACGUAAAUAGGGCCGGUUAGCGAGACGGUUUUCGUACUCACAGAAUGUAUACAUACAGAAGGAGAAUGUAUUAACGCCUUCAGAAAGUGUACAAUAUCAAUUUUGAAGUAGUUUUUUUGGUAUUCCCCUGAGAUUAUUAUUUUUUAUAUUUUUAUAUUGAGUUAUUUAUAGUUAUACUUCACAAUAUAUUUAUUAUUUACCGUUCA